AUGGAGGGACACGCGGGACCCCCGGGUGAGCCGCGCGUCCGCUCCGCUGUGGCCGUGCUGUUCCGAGGCCCCGUGGAACCGAUCAUCUUCCUUGCCAACUUUGCCUUGGUCUUGCAGGGCCCGGUCACCACGCAGUAUCUCUGGCACCGAUUCAGUACUGACCUCGGCUACAAUGGCACCCGCGACAGGGGUAGCUGUAGCAACCACACCGUGAACCCCAUGAUGCAGGAAGUGGAGACCCUCACCUCUCACUGGACCCUCUACAUGAACUUGGGUGGCUUCCUAGUGGGCCUCUUCUCGUCCACCCUGCUGGGGGCCUGGAGUGACUGUGUGGGCCGCCGCCCACUGCUGGUGCUGGCCUCCUUCAGCCUGCUGCUGCAGACUGUGGUGUCCAUCUUUGUGGUACAGUUGGAGCUCCACGUCGGCUACUUUGUGCUGGGCCGCAUCCUUUGUGCCCUCUUCGGCGAUUUCAGUGGGCUCCUGGCUGCCGGCUUUGCCUCUGUGGCAGAUGUCAGCUCCAGUCGCAGCCGCACCUUCCGAAUGGCCCUGCUGGAAGCAUGCAUCGGGGUGGCGGGGAUGCUGGCGAGCCUUCUUGGGGGCUACUGGCUGCGGGCCCAGGGUUAUGCCAACCCCUUCUGGCUGGCCUUGGCUCUGCUAAUAGCCAUGACUCUCUAUGCAGCAUUCUGCUUCGGUGAGACGGUGAAAGAGCUAACACCUGCCCGGCUCUUCACGCUCCGCCACCACCGCUCCAUUUUCCAGCUCUAUGUGACACCAUCCUUGGAGAAGUCCAGGAAGCACUUAGCCCUGUAUUCCUUGGCUGUCUUCCUUGUAAUCACUGUGCACUUUGGGGUCCAGGACAUCAUGACCAUCUACGAGCUGAGUGCACCCCUGUGCUGGGACUCCAAGCUCAUUGGUUAUGGCUCUGCAGCUCACCAUCUCCAGUACCUCACCAGCCUGCUCGGCCUGCGGCUCCUUCAGUACUGUCUGGCUGACACUUGGGUGGCCGAGAUCGGCCUGGCCUUCAACAUCCUGGGGAUGGUGGUCUUUGCCUUUGCUACUAUCACACCCCUCGUAUUCACAGGAUAUGGGCUCUUCUUCCUGUCGUUAGUCACUACACCUGUCAUCCGGGCCAAGCUCUCCAAGCUGGUGAGCAAGUCGGAGCACGGUGCUCUCUUUUCUGCUGUGGCCUGUGUGAAUGGCUUGGCCAUGUUAGCAGCUUCUGGCAUCUUCAACUCACUCUACCCAGCCACGCUGAACUUCAUGAAAGGGUUCCCCUUCCUCCUGGGUGCUGGCCUUCUUUUCAUCCCAGCCAUUCUGAUCGGGGUGCUGGAGAAGGCUAAUCCUCACAAUGAGUUUCAGCAGUUUCCCAAGAACUCCUGA